CUAUCACGAAUCAAUUGAUUUGUUGAUAGCAGCAAGAAGUGUGACAAUGGAAGCUCUGCUGAGCUCUUCACCGACUCUCCGACUCCGACCACCGCUUCCUCCCUCCUCCUCCUCCAAACCCUCACUUUCUGUCUCUACAUUCACACCGCCCUCCACCAAAACCAAAACAAAUUUUCCCUUUCAUCGUAAAAGCUCACAGUUCAAACCGAAGCGUUUUCUACGAGUUGCUGCGAGUUCUUCGGCGAGAUCUGCAACUGAAACGGCCGUAGAUUCUUUAACUGUGCCGUCUCAGAUGAAGGCGUGGGUGUACGAUGAAUAUGGUGGUGUGGAUGUGUUGAAAUUAUCUUCGAAUGUUACGGUGCCUAAUGUUAACGAUGAUCAGGUUUUGGUUAAGGUUAUAGCUGCGGCUCUUAAUCCUGUUGAUUGUAAAAGAAGGAUUGGUAAAUUUCAGGCAACGGAUUCCCCUCUGCCGACUGUUCCAGGAUAUGAUGUUGCUGGUGUGGUGGUUAAGGUCGGAAACCAAGUAAAAGGUUUGAAAGUAGGAGAUGAAGUGUAUGGAAAUAUAAGCGAGAAAGCACUGGAUGGGCCUAAACAGUCUGGUUCUCUGGCCGAGUACACUGCUGUUGAGGAGAAACUACUGGCUUUGAAACCCAAGAACUUAGAUUUUCUGCAGGCUGCCAGUCUCCCUCUUGCAAUUGAGACCGCAUAUGAAGGUCUAGAGAGGGCCGGUUUCUCAGAAGGUAAAUCAAUCAUAAUCUUGAAUGGUUCUGGUGGAGUUGGAUCGCUUACGAUUCAGCUUGCAAAGCAAGUAUUUGGUGCUUCAAAAGUAGCAGCUACGACUAGUACACAAAAGAUUGAGUUGCUGAAAAGGUUAGGUGCUGAUUUGGCAAUUGAUUACACCAAAGAGAACUUCGAAGAAUUGCCAGAUAAAUACGACGUUGUCUUUGAUGCCGUUGGGCUCGGGGAGAAAGCAGGGAAGGUGGUGAAAGAAGGGGGAAUCAUGGUGGUCCUAACGGGUGCAGUGACACCACCAGGGUUCAGGUUUGUAGUGACCUCAACUGGUUCCACCUUGAAAAAACUGAACCCGUACUUGGAGAAUGGGAAAGUGAAGCCAGUGAUUGACCAAAACAGUCCAUUUCCAUUUGACAAGGUGAAGGAAGCUUUCGCGUACCUGGAAACCAAUCGAGCUACCGGAAAGGUGGUUGUAUAUCCUGUUUCUGAAGAGUAUAUAUUGGAAAAGAUGGCACAGAAUAUGUAGAGCAAACAUGAGGUCAGUGUCUUCAAUAAAUGAUAUUUUUUAGAUUAGUUUUUGUUUUUCUACUUUCUUUCAAGAUGUACUCUUUUGUUCUCAUACAUUUUACCAAUUAAAAUUAACCCACUAUAUUCCAUUUGGAGGCGGGGUGUGUAUAUAUAUAUAUAUACAAACCUGACCACUACUCCAAAGAAUAGAACUGCCGUUCCCU